CACAUCAUGCCUUCAUCUACUUCUUUCUCCUUUCCUGUCAUGGCGGACACCAAACCAGAGGACCGGUCUCUUCCAGCCUUCAUGGUGUCCAAAACUCGAGGUUUCCUUCCAAGGCAGGAGCCGAUUGCUGAACUUCCCAUGGAGUUCCAAGCUGUCGAGUCGUUGCUUCAACGUAUGCCAGUGAAGACCCUAUCCGGCGAGCCAGGGCUACUUGCCACGUUCACUUUUGGUGACACUGUGGAGAAAGAACUUCCCGACCUUAGCGUUGAAGUAGAGAAGUAUCGAGAUGAUCUCGUUGUCAUGAAUGCUUUGUACAGGGACUAUUCGUUCCUUGCGUCGGCGUACCUGCUUGAGCCGUGUCACGAACGUUUCUUGAAAGGCGAGGAUUAUGGUUUAGGCAGGCAGACACUGCAUCGUAAUAUUGCUUUGCCAAUUGUCAAGAUUGCCGAAAUGUAUGUUCCCUAUUCAUUUCCAUGUCUAGAUCAAUCAUCGCCUGAGCUGAUCACAUAUCCUUGUAGUGCUGGGUUCAAGCCCUUCAUGGAAUAUGCAGGGUCGUACGCGCUCUUCAACUAUCGCCUAGAAAAUCCUGAUUUAGGUCUCGAGUAUGGAAACUUGCGCCUUGUUCGUGCUUUUGAGCACGGUCUUGACUCAUCUUCCUCCGAGGCAGGUUUCGUUCUGGUGCACAUCGCCAUGGUCAAAGAGUCCGGUGCCUUGGUCAAAGGCACAGUGGAGAUGCUCGAAGCAGCCAACGAGAAAGACCGCGAAAAGUUCAACGAUGGCUUGCGGGCAUUGGUUGAUGGAUUGCGUAAAGUGAAUGCAGUGAUGAACACUAUGUGGAAUCGCAGCAAGCCCCAAGGCUAUACGUCCUUCCGGACGUUCAUCUUCGGAAUUACAUCGCAGUCUAUGUUCCCCAACGGAGUGGUCUAUGAUGGCGUGAGCGAAGAACCGAUGAGCUUCAGAGGAGAAUCCGGAGCUAACGACUCAAUGAUCCCGCUGUGCGAUAAUCUCCUUCAGAUCCAGAUGCCCGAGACGCCACUCACUGAAAUCCUCAAGGACUUCCGCCAAUACCGACCAGGAAACCAUCGCGAGUUUCUCGAGGCCGUACGCGAUGGAGCGCAGUCGGCAGGCGUCAAGUCUUUCGCAUUAGAGGACUCCGUAUCUGCCGCCCUUUAUCUUCAGGCACUGGACCAGAACCGCGAUUUCCGCUGGCGUCAUUGGUGCUUUACUAGGGAAUACAUCCUCAAGCGCACAGCGCACCCCACAGCUACGGGGGGCAGCCCCAUUGUUACGUGGCUACCAAAUCAGCUACAAGCUGUCAUGAUGCAAAUGGUGGAGACAUAUGGCUAUUGCAAGUCGGUUCAUGGGACAGAAGAUAUUAUGGAUACGGUAAAUCUGCAAAGAGAGACGCUGAGAAAGGAGGUGGAGAAGUACUGUGGCGAGCGAGGUGUGGGUGUCGUUGCAUCAUGA